ACAGCAACAACACGAAAUGCCAAGUUUAGAUAUCAAAACCCUAAAAAACUGAAAUAUAUAGAGUAACGGAAUUGAGGAACAGCGUCAUUGCCUGGUUACAACUUAGCCAGCAGACAAUGUCGAGUAGAUAAUUGAAGAAGAUUAGAUCUGGAAUUUCUUUUACAAGGACCUUAUCUCGGAAAUAGAAAAAAGCCUGCCAAAACAUGUCUGCAUCGGAAAUAAUUGCCAAUAUUGAAAAGUCUUUGCCCAAGGCCAAAAAGUGUGCAGAAGACAUCUGCAUUGAAGACUGUCCGGAAUGGUUCACCAAAGAUUAUUUGGAGUCAUGUCUGAGAUCUUACUUCCAGGAUGAUUGCAUAAAAAUUGUGAAACUGCAUGCUAAACCAGCCUUGGGUAAGGGUGAAAAUUAUGGUGGUGUCCUGACCCGGGUCAAGGCUGAGUACAAAAACUCCAAAGGCUGUUUGAAGAAGGGAGGCUACAUUGUCAAGACCUCGUUUGAGGGUGAUGAAUUUGCCUGCAAAACCAUGGAACCCUAUGAUAUUUUCAAUCGUGAAAUAGACAUCUAUGAAGAGGUACUGCCCAAACUGAAAGCCCUACUCAAGGAAAUUGGUGAUGAGGAGCAAAUCUUUGCCGAAACCAUGACUGUGGAUCGCCAAAAGUCAGCCUUGGUAUUUGAAGAUCUAAAUGAAAGAGAUUUCCUAAUGCCCGAUCGUCUGCAAGGUUUGGACAUGGACACCACAAAAAUCGUGUUGAGAAAACUGGCCAAAAUGCAUGCCUGUUCGGCGGUGUUAAAUGAACGUGAACCCCACUGUUUGGAGCAUUUCGACAAGGGUAUGUUCAAUCGUCACACCGAGGUCUAUGCUCCCUGUUUCGUGGGCUGUUUUGAGGCCUGUACCCGCAGAGUGGCCCAAUGGCCGGAAUUUAAAGAUUUACACCAGAAAUUGGUGGAGCUGACCCCCUUCUACAUGGAAUUGGGUAAAAGGAUCUUCGAUCCCUUACCCUCACACCUCAAUGUUUUUGCUCAUGGAGAUCUGUGGACCAACAAUGUUUUGGUUAAAUAUGACAAGAAAACCAAGAAACCGUUGGAUGUGAUUAUCAUUGAUUUCCAGUAUUCCGCCUGGACCACACCGGCAGUGGAUUUGUUCUACUUAAUGAAUACUUCGUUGACCGAGGAAAUGCAUUUACACAAACAGGAUGAGCUGAUACACCACUACUACACUUAUCUCAGGAAGACAUUGGAGAAGUUGAGAUACCAAGGUAAAAUACCAACCUUGCAUGAGUUCCAUCAACAGCUGCAGGAGAAAUCAUUUUAUGCUAUGCACUCCACCUGUGUGGUCCAACCGAUCCAGCGGAAUGUCAUUAACGACGAUGCCGAUUUUAAUGCCCUCAUGCAGACCAAUGAACGGGCCAUACGUUUUAAGAACACUUGCUACACCAAUCCUUAUGUUCACCGCAUGAUACGCCAGCUAUUGCCUGUCUAUGAUCAACGAGGUCUCCUCGACAAGAAUCAAUGAGGGAAGUGGGGCGAGAGAGUUUUAAAAAUUAUUUUAAAUUUUAAGUUUUUGGGGUGUGGUUUAGUUUUAAGUGUUUUAUUUCAUUUGUGUGAUAUAAUUUUGCCCUUAUGUGUAAUUUUAAAGUGACGACAAGGAGGCUAACGAAAAACGGGUGGCUUUUUUAUUGGAAAGUUUUUUGAAUCCAAAAAUGGAGAUGCGGGACAAAAUAUAGACUUGUGAGAGAUAUAUGUAAAAAAUCUUCUAUCUGUGGAACUCAUAUUUACGCAAAUAUACAAGUUGAAGAAAAAAUCAAACGUUAGAAAAA